UCGGCUGGGGACGCUAGGCGGGCGCUCCGCUAGGCUCUUCGCCUGCGGCUGCCGCUCCCGCCAGCGCCCAGGCUGCGGUGCUCCGAUCCCGGCUCCGCGGCGUCCUACGCCCUCUGGCCCCGCUCCCAGGCCUGAUCCCUGCCCUGACCAGAAGCCGUCCGUCUCUACCGCUCGGCUUGCGCCCGGGCCAUGGAGAGGGGCCCGUGAGGGGCGCGGAGGCAGAGGUGGAGGCGCGGGAGGCCGAGCUGCAGGCGCGGCGGAGGAUGUCUCCGGCGAGUCGGAGUCCGGACCCCAGGAUGGAGCCGGUGCGGGGCGCUGCGGCCGCGGCUCCUGGCGCGGCCCCGACCAGGUAGCUGCUUUGCCCUCUUCCGUGUGGCUGGGGAAGAGGAAUCCUUCCUGGUUGUCCCUUGGGAGCUGUGCUUCUGACCUGGAUGCUUGGCGCUGAGCCCUCCACCUGCCCUGUACUUACUCACUGAACAGGCUGCUGCCCACUGGGCUGCUGCACAGGGUCAGACCGCUGGACCACUGCUGGCUUGGCCUGUGACACUGGUGGCUCUAGACUGUCCAGCUUAGGACAGCCCCACUUUGACCUUGUGCCUUGGAGAAGCAGCCCCAUGACGGUGGCCAGCCAUGCAAUGCUCCUGGAAGGCCGUCCUCCUCCUGGCCCUGGCCUCCAUUGCCAUCCAGUACACGGCCAUCCGCACUUUCACCGCCAAGUCCUUCCACACCUGCCCUGGGCUGGCCGAGGCUGGGGCGGCUGAGCGGCUGUGCGAGGAGGGCCCCACCUUUACCUACAACCUCUCUCGGAAGACUCACGUUCUCAUCCUGGCCACCACACGCAGCGGCUCAUCUUUCGUGGGCCAGCUCUUCAACCAGCACCUGGACGUCUUCUACCUGUUUGAGCCCCUCUACCACGUCCAGAACACGCUCAUCCCCCGCUUCACCCAGGGCAAGAGCCCGGCCGACCGGCGGGUCAUGCUGGGUGCCAGCCGCGACCUCCUGCGCAGCCUGUAUGACUGUGACCUCCACUUCUUGGAGAACUACAUCAAGCCGCCCCCUAUCAACCACACCACAGACAGGAUCUUCCGCCGAGGGGCCAGCAGGGUCCUCUGCUCCCGCCCAGUGUGUGACCCCCCGGGAAACCCUGACCUGGUACUGGAAGAGGGGGACUGUGUGCGCAAGUGUGGCCUCCUGAAUUUGACGGUGGCGGCUGAGGCCUGUCGUGAGCGCAGCCAUGUGGCCAUCAAGACAGUGCGGGUACCUGAGGUGAAUGACUUACGGGCUCUGGUCGAAGACCCCCGCUUGAACCUCAAGGUCAUCCAGCUGGUCCGAGACCCCCGGGGCAUUCUGGCCUCCCGCAGCGAGACCUUCCGUGACACUUACCGGCUGUGGCGGCUCUGGUAUGGCACAGGGAGGAAGCCCUACAACCUGGACGUGACGCAGCUGACCACAGUGUGCGAGGACUUCUCCAACUCUGUGUCCACUGGCCUCAUGCGGCCCCCGUGGCUCAAGGGCAAGUACAUGCUGGUGCGCUAUGAGGACCUGGCCAGGAACCCCAUGAAAAAGACUGAGGAGAUCUACGGCUUCCUGGGGAUACCCCUGGAUGGCCAUGUGGCCCGCUGGAUCCAGAACAACACGCGGGGUGACCCCACCCUGGGCAAGCACAAGUAUGGCACCGUGCGGAACUCGGCUGCCACAGCCGAGAAGUGGCGUUUCCGGCUCUCCUAUGACAUUGUGGCCUUUGCCCAGAAUGCUUGUCAGCAGGUGCUGGCCCAGCUGGGCUACAAGUUGGCCAGGUCGGAGGAGGAGUUGAAGAAUCCCUCCAUCAGCCUGGUGGAGGAGCGGGACUUCCGGCCCUUCUCAUGAUGUGGGUGUGUGGUGGGGUGGGGUGUGGGGUCAGUUUUGAUGACAUGGACCAUUUCUAACUGUUGCCUUAUUCCCCCCACCCCCAGCCCUGUCCCACCCCAUCAUUGUGUCCUCCCUGCCCCUGCCUGCCCUUUCCCCUCCUGCCUAUUUUUGUCUCUGAAAUUUGCACUACGUUUUGGAGGGGAAUUGCUGGGGCAGAGGGCUGAGAAGUGGGGCCGCCCUACCCCACUCCCCAUGCAGACACGCAGAUGUUGGGUCUCUUGGUGGACCAUGAUGAUGUUUACAAGCACCCCACUCAUAUAUUCACACACGCACAUGGGCAUUGGUGGGGAGAGGCACCCCCACCUCCAGGCUCCAGGCUUCUGGGACAGGUGAGUGUGGGGCAUGGUGGUCUGUACUAUCUUCUUACUUCUGCAAGGGAAGGGGAUAAAAAUGCAGGACCACCUCUUACUAACAUAGGAAAGGGGUCUCCCUCUCCCCUCCCUGCUUCCUGCCCCAAUAUCCACCUUCUCCCUUAGAGCAGAGAUCCCACCACCCCCUGCCACCCUUGCCUGUUAGGGAGCAGGUUCUAACUGUGAGGUGAACGUGGGCCCUGUUGAUCUUCUCCAGUCUGUGGUGAUGCUGUCUGUCUGUCUGUCUGUCUGUCUGACUGUCUGUCUGUCUGUCUGAAUCUUGUGGCUGCCCCUGGACUGGCAAUGGCGGAUGAGUCUUCUUAUUAUGAGUUUCUGGUUGACCUUGGGGUCUGUCUGUGAAAUUUUUUUGUGCCAAAAAGAAAAAAAAAAAAAAAAAAAAAAAAAAAGAGUGGAUCAGUUUGCUAAAUGAACAUUGAAAUGCUU